ACGGUAUAAUCUUCGAGAGACGAAAAAACUGGUUACAUCUAUGCGGAGAUUGUGGAGAUAGUCACGGAUAGAAACGACACGAAAAAUACCUCCGCCUGUCAGUUUGUCUUUUCAUUUGAAUACGCUCGGACGAAUGCUCUCUUCUCAAGUAAAAGAUCACACGAGAUCAGAAAAGUUUUAGAUAAUUCUGUUUGUGACGGUAAAGCGGACUUGUAAAAUGUACGGAAAGCUCGGUUUAUUCAUUUUGCUGGUAUUUAUUCUGCCGGAAGAUACAAAAUCGCGCAUGAUCAAAACUGUUAACCGCUUUAGAUGCGACGCUGGUAAUUCUUAUCCUUAUACUGGCAUUAAAACGCCAUAUAGUAAAGUUUACAAUGGUACUAUAAAUCACAUUAAUUUACCAAACUGUAAGCCAUUGCAGAUAUGGCUGCUAUGUCGACAUGGCACGCGAUUUCCAAAGACAACUAAGAUCUUGGAAAUGCUAAACAUGACGCGCUUCCGAGAUCUCAUCGUGAAUAAUCACGAGAUUGACCAUCGCGGACAGUUGUGUCGUAGGAAUCUAAGGGCGCUGAAAAGAUGGAGGUCCUUUCCCGAGCUUGAUGCGACGAAAGGGAAACACUUAUCACUGCAGGGUAGAAAAGAUCUGUCAUCGCUCGGCAACAGACUCCGUAGGAAAUUCCCAGAGCUCUUCGUUGAAGAUGUGCCAGAGAAGUAUAAGUUUAGAUCGACAAACACGCCACGUACUAUUGACAGCAUGAUGUUCUUUGUAAAAGGAUCUUUCAAAGAUACAUUCUCAGUUAAAUUAGAAGUAGGGUCAGCCUCCAAUGACACUUUGCUGAAGAUAUAUGAAAAUUGCGAACCGUGGGAAAAAGAGCGCUUUAGCAAAGAAGUGACAGCAUUCAUAAACGGUUCGGAAAUGACGAAAGUCAUUACCGAUAUUAGUCGACGACUCGGCUUUGUGAACAACAUUAGCAAAGAAGAUGCAUUUCUGCUUUACGACAUGUGCCGCUUCGAGAGAGCUUGGCAACCGAGCAAGGAGUCACCCUGGUGUGCCGCGUUCACCGAUGAAGACAUGCACGUCUUCGAGUACGAGGAGGACCUCUACCAUUACUACAGCGUCGGUCCGGGAAGAGAAAUCAAUAGCAAACUUGGGUGUCACCCUCUUCGCGACAUGGUCGAUCGUUUUACGAAGCUGGAGAACGCAGAGGACAGCGACGAACCGAGAGGCGUGUUCUACUUCACUCACUCGGAAAUGAUUAUGCUGUUCUACAGCGUGAUGGAAAUUGGCAAGAAUCCCGUUCAUCUUACCGCCUCAAACUAUCGGGACAUGCAACAUAGAAAUUGGAGAACUUCCUUAUUGGUGCCGUUCGCCACGAACUUUGCGACUGUAUUUUACAGGUGCGAUUCCAGCGACUCUCCCUUCAAGAUUGCCUUCUAUCUAGCUGAGAAGCCUUUAACUCUGGAGGGCUGCAACAAUGGAGUUUGCGAUUGGGCGCAGCUGAAGAAGAAGCUGGUCCCCAUCGCUGCCAACUGCAGCACAGAAGUUUGUUGGAAAACAUCGUAAAUUAACAUUUGUUUUAAUGGGACUGAUAAAAUUUGUUGAUAUUCCGCAGGAUUGCAUAACGCAGUUGGAAAAUUGUGAUAGAUAGAGACUGUGAUUGCAUGACUGUGGUUAUCAAUUUUUGGAUUUGGAUUUGGAGCAAUAAUUAAAAAAUAUAUUCUUUUACUGUUAAAUUGAAAACUGAUACAUGGAAAUGUAUACAUUUUAGCUUGCACAAUAAAUAUUUCUUUAAUUGGCAGAAGAACAUUUUAAUUCAAAUAAAGAUACUAAAUG